CGGGCUGAACUUCUCCGCGUCUGCGCCGCCACCGCCAGCUCCCCCGCUCCGCGCGCGCAGACACGAUAUUUUCGGCCCCAGGCACCGAGGCCGGGCCGCCCUCCCCACUCUGCUCCUCCCCUGCGGGCCACAGGCGGGGGCUGCAGACGUGGCUGCCCAGGAAAGCCAGCCAGCUGGGCCGCGAGGCCCUACCUCGCUCGGCGCACAGCCAAAUUCCCGACUCGAGCCCCGUCACCUUCUGUGAAGCCCCAUCCUCUUGUCACCUCGGCUGCCCGUUUGGGAUUCAGCGGCUCUGCCUCUGGGUCCUCCCCACCAGCUCCCUCCACGGGCCUCCCUGAACUCUGACCUGGGAGAGAUCGGGGAUGUGGACUCCGGAGAUAUGUAGGACCGUGGGCAUCUGGGGAGCACUCAUGCGGAGCCAGUCUUGUCUAGGCAUUUUAUGGGAAUUGACUGGUUUAAUCCUCCCAACCUCCCGGGUGGGAUAAGUAUUGUGGCUCCCACUUAGGGAGGAGGGAACUGAGGUGUGGAGGUUAUGUAACUUGUCCCCAGGGCAUUCAAACCCCGACCUGAGAGUAACUCUUAACCUAGGUGUUAGGGCUGGGCCUGGAGUUAGGCCCCUCUUUCCUUCCAGGUGCCUGGUGCUCCCAGGCCCCUUUCCCUGUCUCACCCCAGAAGGGACUGGGGAGUGCUCUCCUUCCCAGGGACAUUUGUCUGUGUGUGGUGGCAUAUGCAGUUGUGCUUUGCAUGUGCAAGUGUGUCAUUGUGGGUAUCAGAGGGUCCGGACUGGUCAGGUCAGGUCAUGCUCAUGGUCACUGUUUCCUGCAGGGUCGUCAGUGAUGCGGAUAGUGAUAUGAGAUGCUUGUGAUGCCUUUGGCUAACCAUUAUAGAGACAUGUAGGAAAUGUGUUGUGGUUAUGUGUCAGGUGAUGUGCUCUUGAUAUCUGAUCUGUCUGUGAUGGUGCUAUGCCUGAAGUAUGAGCCCUGUCUGGUGUGUGUAUGUAUGAUGUGAGUAUGCACGGAUGAUGCUGUAUGUGGAGAUGGCACAGGACAGUGGCAUAGGCUGCUGGAUGUCAUGGAAGUUUUACAGGCUUGACAGUUGUUUGAGUGCCCUCCUCCCCCGUGCCCUUGUCUGCCCCUAGGCUUGUUCAAGUGGUCAAAGCAGGAGCCAGCAUCCCUCCUGGUGUCAUCCUGGGAGGCUCUCUCUCCCCAUAGGCUGGGAUGGGUUGCAUCCCCAGGAUUAGCCUGGAACAGUGGGCAGGCAGAGCUGAGCCAAGCCUCUGGCCCCGCCUUGGCCCCUCACAGGGUGACUGGAACGACCUGGAGCCACAUGGCCUAAAUCCAUCCGGAUCCCUUAGACCUGGCCAGCUCCUCCUCCACCCCUUUUCCUCCUCCUCCACCUCCUCUUCCUCUUCCUCCUCUUCUCACUUUUCACUAGACUUGGCUGAGUCUGCAGGAUGGGGGACACCCUGCACCCUGGACAUGGCAACCACAGAGAGAGCAGCCCUUUUCUCUGCCCUUUGGAGGCUUCCAGAGGAAGUGACUACUAUGACAGGAACCUGGCACUGUUCGAGGAAGAGCUGGACAUCCGCCCAAAGGUGUCAUCUCUUCUGGGCAAGCUUGUCAGCUACACCAACCUCACCCAGGGAGCCAAGGAACACGAGGAGGCUGAGAGUGGGGAGGGGACCCGCCGGAGAGCAGCCAAGGCACCCAGCAUGGGCACCCUCAUGGGGGUGUACCUGCCCUGCCUACAGAACAUUUUUGGGGUCAUCCUUUUCCUGCGGCUGACCUGGAUGGUGGGCACGGCCGGUGUGCUGCAGGCCCUCCUCAUCGUGCUCAUCUGCUGCUGCUGCACGCUGCUGACGGCCAUCUCCAUGAGUGCCAUCGCCACCAAUGGGGUGGUUCCAGCUGGCGGCUCCUAUUUCAUGAUCUCCCGCUCGCUGGGGCCGGAGUUUGGAGGUGCCGUAGGCCUGUGCUUCUACCUGGGAACGACAUUUGCAGCGGCCAUGUACAUCCUCGGGGCCAUCGAGAUCCUGCUGACCUACAUUGCCCCGCCGGCCGCCAUUUUUUACCCAUCUGGCACUCACGACACGUCGAAUGCCACCCUGAACAACAUGCGGGUGUAUGGGACCGUUUUUCUGAGCUUCAUGACCCUGGUGGUGUUUGUGGGUGUCAAGUAUGUGAACAAAUUUGCCUCGCUGUUCCUGGCCUGUGUGAUCAUCUCUAUCCUCUCCAUCUAUGCCGGGGGCAUCAAGUCGAUGUUUGACCCUCCUGUGUUUCCGGUUUGCAUGCUGGGCAACAGAACGCUGUCCCGGGACCAGUUUGACAUCUGUGCCAAGACGACCAUGGUAGAUAAUGAGACCGUGGCCACUCGGUUAUGGAGCUUCUUCUGCCACAGCCCCAACCUUACCACCGACUCCUGCGAUCCCUACUUUCUCCUCAACAAUGUGACUGAGAUCCCUGGCAUUCCCGGGGCAGCUGCUGGCGUGCUCCAGGAAAACCUGUGGAGCGCCUACCUGGAGAAGGGCGAGGUGGUAGAGAAGCGGGGGCUGCCCUCCACGGACGCCGUGGGCCUGAAGGAAAACUUGCCCCUGUACGUGGUGGCUGACAUCGCCACAUCCUUCACCGUGCUGGUUGGCAUCUUCUUCCCUUCUGUAACAGGCAUCAUGGCUGGCUCUAACCGCUCUGGGGACCUCCGUGAUGCCCAGAAGUCCAUCCCGGUGGGAACCAUCCUGGCCAUCGUUACAACCUCCCUUGUGUACUUCAGCAGUGUGGUUCUGUUCGGAGCCUGCAUUGAGGGUGUGGUUCUCAGGGACAAGUAUGGUGACGGCGUCAGCAGGAACCUGGUGGUAGGCACGCUGGCCUGGCCUUCGCCCUGGGUCAUCGUUGUUGGCUCCUUCUUCUCAACUUGUGGUGCUGGCCUGCAGAGCCUCACUGGAGCACCCCGCCUGUUGCAGGCCAUUGCCAAGGACAACAUCAUCCCCUUCCUCCGGGUGUUUGGCCAUGGGAAAGCAAAUGGUGAGCCGACGUGGGCACUCCUCCUGACUGCACUGAUCGCCGAGCUGGGCAUCCUCAUUGCCUCCCUCGACAUGGUGGCCCCCAUUCUAUCCAUGUUCUUUCUGAUGUGUUACCUGUUUGUGAACCUGGCCUGUGCUGUGCAGACGCUCCUUCGGACCCCCAACUGGCGGCCCCGGUUCAAGUACUAUCACUGGGCGCUCUCCUUCCUGGGCAUGAGCCUCUGUCUGGCCCUCAUGUUUGUCUCCUCCUGGUACUACGCCCUGGUUGCCAUGCUCAUCGCAGGCAUGAUCUACAAGUACAUUGAGUACCAAGGGGCUGAGAAAGAGUGGGGUGACGGGAUCCGAGGCCUGUCCCUGAGCGCUGCCCGCUAUGCACUGCUGCGCCUGGAGGAGGGGCCUCCUCACACCAAGAACUGGCGGCCGCAGCUCCUGGUGCUGCUGAAGCUGGACGAGGACCUGCACGUGAAGUACCCACGGCUCCUCACCUUCGCCUCCCAGCUUAAGGCUGGCAAGGGCCUGACAAUUGUUGGUUCUGUCAUCCAGGGCAGCUUCUUGGAGAGCUACGGCGAGGCCCAGGCUGCUGAGCAGACAAUCAAGAACAUGAUGGAGAUUGAGAAGGUGAAGGGCUUCUGCCAGGUAGUGGUGGCCAGCAAGGUGCGUGAGGGGCUGGCCCACCUCAUCCAGUCUUGCGGCCUGGGCGGCAUGAGGCAUAACUCCGUGGUGCUGGGCUGGCCCUAUGGCUGGCGACAGAGUGAGGACCCACGGGCCUGGAAGACCUUCAUUGACACCGUGCGCUGCACCACGGCUGCACACCUGGCCCUGCUCGUCCCCAAGAACAUCGCCUUCUACCCCAGCAACCAUGAACGCUACCUGGAGGGCCACAUUGACGUGUGGUGGAUUGUUCAUGACGGCGGCAUGCUCAUGCUUUUGCCCUUCCUGCUGCGCCAGCACAAGGUCUGGAGGAAGUGCCGGAUGCGCAUCUUCACAGUGGCCCAGAUGGACGACAACAGCAUCCAGAUGAAGAAAGAUCUGGCUGUCUUCCUGUAUCACCUACGCCUGGAGGCAGAGGUGGAGGUGGUGGAGAUGCAUAACAGCGACAUCUCUGCAUAUACCUACGAGCGCACGCUGAUGAUGGAACAGCGGUCCCAGAUGCUGCGGCAGAUGAGGCUGACCAAGACUGAGAGGGAGCGAGAAGCCCAGCUGGUCAAGGACCGGCAUUCGGCCUUGCGGCUGGAGAGCCUGUACUCCGAUGAGGAGGACGAGGCUGCAGCAGGGGCUGACAAGAUCCAGAUGACAUGGACCCGGGACAAGUACAUGACUGAACCUUGGGACCCCAGCCACACCCCUGACAACUUCCGGGAGCUCGUGCAUAUUAAGCCGGACCAGUCCAACGUGCGGCGCAUGCACACUGCUGUGAAGCUCAACGAAGUCAUCGUCACACGCUCCCACGACGCCCGCCUGGUCCUACUGAACAUGCCCGGCCCACCCAAGAACAGCGAGGGUGAUGAGAACUACAUGGAGUUCCUCGAGGUGCUGACCGAGGGCCUUGAGCGGGUGCUGUUGGUGCGAGGCGGCGGCCGUGAAGUCAUCACCAUCUACUCCUGAGCCCAGUGUAGGCUCGUGGCCUGGAGUGGGGGUGUCCAGGGAAACAGGCCCCCCAGCGCCUGCCUGCCAGUCCUGCUUUGUCCAGCCCCACCUUGGACCAGCUUUGCUAGGUCUCCUUGGAAACCGGGCCUGGUCAUGGAGAUGGAUCCGAGGUCCUGUGGGACCCUGGGAGGUUUGGGGACUUUCCUCCCUAGCACCGCAGUGGAAGGCUGGUGGGGGCUGACGUGGGGUUUGAAGGCUCAGCCUCGCCUGGGAGCACUAUUUAUUGUAUAUUUAUUGUUUGGAUGUCACCAUCAGAGAGGAGGGGGAGGGCAGCAAAGGAUGGGGUCUAGCCCAGCUGCCUGCAGGAAGAACUGGCUCAAGCUACUUUGGGCAGGGACCCCCACCAAGCCGAGCCGAAUGGAACUGGCCAAGCCGAGGCCUGACUUUUUUCAAUAAAACAUUGUGUACUUCUGA